UAUUUAUAUAAUAUAUACAUUUCGAUUCAAGAUAUAUAAGGCGGUGUUAGUCAAAACAAAGAUUGACCUAACUACGUAAAAUACAUUGUGUGUGUACCUACACAAAUGUUCACCGUAAUUUCCAUCUUGCUUGCGUUGUGCAGCUCGAGUUUGUGUGGAACGGCUCAGAAUGUUAGAAGUAUUCCUAAACAUAUUCUACUCGGUGCAGCAUCGUCAGCCUUCCAGGUUGAAGGAGCAUGGAAUAUUGAUGGUAAAACAGAAAGUAUAGCCGAUCAUUUGGUGCACUCACAAAAAUGUUAUGCCAAAGAUUGUUCGAACGCAGAUGUGGCAGCUAACUCUUACUACAUGUACAAGCGAGACGUUGAAAUGCUCAGGGAACUUGGAGUUGAUUUUUAUAGAUUCUCACUUUCCUGGACCAGAAUACUUCCCACGGGCUUCCCAGAUAAAGUGAACGAAGCUGGAGUCCAGUACUAUUCCAACUUGAUCGAUGAGCUUCUCAAGUAUAAAAUUCAGCCGGUGGUUACAAUAUUCCACUGGGAUCUGCCACAAAAGUUGCAGCAACUCGGUGGCUGGACUAACCCACACAUUGUGAACUGGUAUGGAGACUUUGCCAGGGUUGCGUUUUCUCUUUUUGGAGACAGAGUAAAGUAUUGGAUUACAAUAAAUGAGCCACAUCAGUUAUGUCAUUAUGGGUAUGGCAGCCCAUAUAUACCGCCGGCCAUGAACUUAACAGGAGAAGCGGAUUAUUUGUGCUCAAAGAAUGUGCUAUUGGCCCAUGCGCGUGGUUAUCAUAUUUACGACAAAGAAUUCAGAUUAUGGCAAGAGGGGAUGAUAUUUAUAACAAUUAAUGCUGAAUGGUUUGAACCUGAAAGUGAACACGACUAUGAAGCGGCAAUCGAUGCCAAUCAAUUUUGGUGGGGUCUCUAUACACAUCCCAUUUUGUCAAGAUCUGGAGACUAUCCAGAAAUUGUAAAACAUCGAAUAGCAGUGAUGAGUACCAAGCAAGGUCUACUCCGGUCUAGAUUACCAGAGCUGUCAAGUGAAGAAAUAAAUUACAUUCGCGGGACAACUGAUAUACUGGGACUUAAUCAUUACACAUCGUACUUGGCGUAUAGGAACGCAUCUACUGAAGAAUACUAUGGUAACAUAACUGGACCGUCGUUUGAUGCAGACUGUGGGGCCAUGAACUAUCAGCCCGGUGAUUGGCAAAUCGGAGAAACUAAUGCUACUAUGUAUGCUCCAUGGGGCUUUUAUAAAUUGCUCACAUUUAUAAGAUUUGAAUAUGAUAACAUCCCGGUAUUUAUAACUGAAAACGGAUUUGGAAAUUCUGGCGCCUUGAUAGAUGAUGACCGAGUUUUGUACUACAGGGGAUACCUGUCGGCCAUGCUCGACGCUAUAUGUGAUGGCUCACACAUUGUGGGAUACACAACUUGGAGUCUUAUGGACAGUUUUGAAUGGCCUAAUGGCUACUCAAUACGUAUUGGCCUCUAUCAAGUAGAUUACAACAACACAUCACUUCCUCGCACUCCUCGCAAGUCUGCAUAUGUCUACAAGGAGAUAAUCCGAAGUCGCACUCUCGAUAUGAACUACGAACCUGACAUGACAAUUCCUUUAAGUGUUGAUAAUAGCACCUCUAAUCGACUGACACAUAUAUAAUGUUUUUAUAAGUAUUAUAGUAAUUUAUUCCCGUAAAAAUUAAGUAUAAAUUAAACGUUGUGCAAAGCUGGUCGGAUUUUGCAUUUUUUUGUCGAAAUCAACUUUUUAAUCGACUUCAAAAAAGGAGGUUCUCAAUUUGUCGGGUUUUAUUAAUGUUCGAAAAGUGUAAACUAUUUUUAGCGGUAGCUUUAAAAAUAGCACCUUUGGAUGCUGUAAUGAUUGAAUGCCACCUAUUAGAAAUAAAAUAAUUUGUUCUAAUUCAAAAAUAUUCUCAAUAAUUUAACAUCAUAAAUAAAAUUUUGUAAAUUACUAUCAAUUCUCUAUUUUGUUCUAGUUAAUUUAUUAUUUUGUUUUAUACCUUUUACCAAAUAACUCAAUAAUUAAAUUUAAUAAACAAAAGUCUAUGGAAAUCAAAUCGAAUAAGACACUUCACGACUAUAACUUUAAUUACUCUAUAAAAGAGAUUGUGUCCUCCACGGCUGCUGUCAAUAGGUCAAUAACUUUAGUUACUCUAAAAAAGAGAUUGUGUACUACACGGCUGCUGUCAAAAGGUCAAUAACUUUAAUUACUCUAUAAAAGAGAUUGUGUCCUCCACGGCUGCUGUCAAAAGG